UGAGCUUCUGCCAUUAGAGAAGGGCUUUGUACUUUUUUGGUGUCCUUUCAGAAGCUAAAUCCAAGUCCCUUUUCUGGUGGACACUUCUGAGUGUUGGCUGCCAUAAAGUUAUCCCCAGCUGGCCUGACUUUUCCCAGUUUACUGUGUGACCAGAGCCACGUUGCUGUUUCUCUCUGGGCCAUUGCUGGGUACAAGCUUUGCAGCUCUAGCUUGUGGACACUCACAGGGACUCUGACACCCUCCAUGUUCCUGCCAGUCACCUUUCUUCCUUCUCUGUGGGGCGGGACAAUGGGAAGGGCCUGUGUCAGCUCAGCUAGGGCGGGGUCAGGAGCCCAAAGCCAACGUCAUGGAUCCUUUGACUUCCAGAUGGUACCAAGAGGGAUAGCAACCUUCUCUCCUCUUUUCAGGACAGCUGCCCAGCAUCCCCUGUGUGCCCAACUGGAGAGAGUGAGCCAGAGCGAGCAGCAGGAGGCAUGCCACGGCCCCUGGCUGGCCCUUCGUCGUCAGACCUGCCGUUGACCACCCCCAGGAGGCCCUGACGCCCUGGGGCACUUUUGCUCUGCACAGGACCACGUUGGGGUUUGCCAUGGUGACAUAAAGGGGUGUAGAAGAAGGAAGGAACAAGACCAGCCUGUAGACUGUGCCCCUGGCUGGGAGAAAGGGCCAGGGGCCCGGAUCCUUCUCUCCACUGCCCUUUGAACUUGAACGUCUUACUUCCUAAGUCUCUGAAUUUCCCAGUCAGUGGACAACUGUUGGGCCUCCUGUGUGAGGCCUUGAGGGGGCCAGGCCAGGCUGGGCCCCUGCUGGUUGAGAUCUUGGGGGCCAGGAUGCCUGCCCUGGCGUGCCUCCGGAGGCUGUGUCGGCACAUGUCCCCACAGGCUGUCCUUUUCCUGCUGUUCGUCUUCUGCCUGUUCAGCGUCUUUGUCUCUGCCUACUACCUAUAUGGUUGGAACCGGGGCCUUGAGCCCUCAGCAGAUGCCUCCGAGUCCGACUGUGGGGACCCACCACCUGUGGCUCCCAGCCGGCUCCUGCCCAUCAAGCCUGUGCAGGCGGUUGCCCCUUCCCGAACAGACCCACUGGUGCUGGUGUUUGUGGAGAGCCUCUAUUCACAGCUGGGCCAGGAGGUGGUGGCAAUCCUGGAAUCGAGCCGCUUCAAGUACCGAACAGAGAUUGCACCGGGAAAGGGGGACAUGCCCACACUCACGGACAAGGGCCGUGGCCGCUUUGCCCUCAUCAUCUACGAGAACAUCCUCAAGUACGUCAACCUGGAUGCCUGGAACCGGGAGCUGCUGGACAAGUACUGUGUGGCCUAUGGCGUGGGCAUCAUCGGCUUCUUCAAGGCCAAUGAGAACAGCUUGCUGAGUGCACAGCUCAAAGGCUUCCCUCUUUUCCUGCAUUCGAACCUGGGCCUAAAGGACUGCAGCAUCAACCCCAAGUCCCCACUGCUCUAUGUGACGCGGCCCAGUGAGGUGGAGAAGGGUGUGCUGCCUGGCGAGGAUUGGACUGUGUUCCAGUCCAAUCACUCGACCUAUGAACCAGUACUGCUGGCCAAGACGCGCUCCUCCGAGUCCAUCCCACACCUGGGUGCAGAUGCGGGCUUGCAUGCUGCACUGCAUGCUACUGUGGUUCAGGACCUGGGCCUCCAUGACGGCAUCCAGCGUGUGCUGUUUGGCAACAAUCUCAACUUUUGGCUGCAUAAGCUUGUCUUCGUGGAUGCUGUGGCCUUCCUCACAGGGAAGCGCCUCUCACUGCCUUUGGACCGAUACAUCCUGGUGGACAUCGAUGACAUUUUUGUGGGCAAGGAAGGCACACGCAUGAAGGUGGAGGAUGUGAAGGCCCUGUUUGAUACACAGAAUGAACUUCGUACACACAUCCCAAACUUCACCUUCAACCUGGGCUACUCAGGGAAAUUCUUCCACACAGGCACCGACGCUGAGGAUUCUGGGGACGAUCUGCUGCUGUCCUAUGUGAAAGAGUUCUGGUGGUUCCCCCACAUGUGGAGCCACAUGCAGCCUCACCUGUUCCACAACCAGUCUGUGCUGGCUGAGCAGAUGGCCCUGAACAAGAAGUUCGCUGUCGAGCACGGCAUUCCCACAGACAUGGGGUAUGCAGUGGCGCCCCACCACUCUGGUGUGUACCCCGUGCAUGUGCAGCUGUACGAGGCCUGGAAGCAGGUUUGGAACAUCCGUGUGACCAGCACAGAGGAGUACCCCCAUCUGAAGCCUGCCCGCUACCGCCGUGGCUUCAUUCACAACGGCAUCAUGGUCCUCCCUCGGCAGACCUGUGGCCUUUUCACACAUACCAUCUUCUACAAUGAGUACCCUGGAGGCUCCAGUGAGCUGGACAAGAUCAUCAAUGGGGGCGAGCUCUUCCUCACCGUGCUCCUUAAUCCUAUCAGCAUCUUCAUGACUCACUUGUCCAAUUAUGGAAAUGACCGCCUGGGGCUGUACACCUUCAAGCACCUGGUGCGCUUUCUGCACUCUUGGACCAACCUGAGGCUGCAGACGCUGCCCCCCGUGCAGCUGGCCCAGAAGUACUUCCAGAUCUUCUCUGAGGAGAAGGACCCACUGUGGCAGGAUCCUUGUGAGGACAAACGCCACAAAGACAUCUGGUCUAAGGAGAAGACAUGUGACCGCUUCCCAAAGCUUCUCAUCAUUGGCCCCCAGAAAACAGGCACUACGGCCCUCUACCUGUUCCUGGGCAUGCACCCGGACCUCAGCAGCAACUACCCCAGCUCCGAGACCUUUGAGGAGAUCCAGUUUUUUAAUGGCCACAACUAUCACAAAGGCAUCGACUGGUACAUGGAGUUCUUCCCUAUUCCCUCCAACACCACCUCUGACUUCUACUUUGAGAAAAGUGCCAACUACUUUGAUUCAGAAGUGGCACCACGGCGGGCAGCUACCCUGUUGCCCAAGGCCAAGAUCCUCACCAUCCUCAUCAAUCCGGCCGACCGAGCUUAUUCCUGGUACCAGCACCAGAGAGCCCACGAUGACCCAGUGGCCCUAAAGUACACCUUCCACGAGGUGAUCACGGCUGGCCCUGAUGCAUCCUCAAAGCUGCGUGCCCUCCAGAACCGUUGCCUGGUCCCUGGCUGGUAUGCCACUCAUAUUGAACGCUGGCUCAGCGCCUUCCAUGCCAACCAGAUCCUUGUUUUGGAUGGCAAACUGCUGCGAACAGAACCUGCCAAAGUGAUGGAUUCGGUGCAGAAAUUCCUCGGGGUGACCAGCACCGUUGACUACCACAAAACCUUGGCGUUUGACCCAAAGAAAGGAUUUUGGUGCCAACUGCUUGAAGGAGGAAAAACCAAGUGUUUGGGCAAAAGCAAGGGACGGAAAUAUCCAGAGAUGGACUUGGAUUCCCGAGCCUUCCUAAAGGAUUACUACCGGGACCACAACAUCGAGCUCUCUAAGCUGCUGUAUAAGAUGGGCCAGACACUGCCCACCUGGCUGCGGGAAGACCUCCAGAACACCAGGUAGCCUCGGCCACCACAGCCAGACAGAACGCUUGCGUUAGCAGGGAUGUCCUGCCUCACACUGAGCCAGACUGACCUGCGGAGAAGGGCACUGGGCCCGCCCAGCCAAAAGCAACGAGCAAUACUCUGCUGAGGCCCAUCGGGGCCUGAAGUCCAGGCAGGUCUGCAAGCGCCUCAGAGCAUCCGCUGCUGGAUGUGUGGCCUACGGACCUCUCUGGUACCAGAGGUCCAUUCCGUUCGCAGCUUCCCUGCCUGGGAAGACCACUUCUGGUGGUGGAAGGUCAUUCCCUGGUAGGAGGAGUCCUGGAGACUCUCUCCUGUCCCUCACUGUGUUUUACCGCUCCUCCUGCCCGUUCCUUUGUUACACCUCUCCCUGCUCCAGCAGGGUGUCCCCUCAGUAUUAGCUGCCAUAUUUCCCUGUCCUCCAGACAGUAAGGGAGAAGAGUGCAGCUGGGCCUUUCGCCCAACUAGGGAGAAAAACUGGGCAUGUCCUUGAGGGUUUUGAGCCAGGCUCUGCCAGGGUUUAGCGGGGUGCCCAGAUGCACUCUGGAUUGGAGGUGAGGGUGGCCAUCUUGAGAGGACAUAUGACCUCUGCAUUUGGGUUGAUAGUAUCACAUCUCAUCUCCCCUUUGGGGGAGCGUCUCUCUGGCCCCUAUAGUGUUCACCUAUUGCUCAUGGUCACUUGUAGGCCCUGGGCCACUGCCAUGCCACUGGGCCCAGAGACAUGGUCCUUAGCCCUGUCUUGUUCACCUGGGUGGGACUGUGGUGUUUCCUGUGGUAAAGGCUGAGGCGAGUCAGGAGUCUGCCAGUGUCCAUGCUCCGUGUACAUACAUCGUUUUAUAGCCACCGCCUCGGCCCAGCAGACACGGCAGAGUUAGCAAGACUGCUGUUCACUGCUUUGCCCAGCAACCUGUGGCCGAGGGUCCCCUGAGACCCCCUUAACCUCCCAAAUACUAAGAAGCUAAAGUAUUUUAAUAUUUUGUGUUUUUUUUUUCUUGGUGCCAGAGUUUAUACCCUGGGUGCUGGGGUCGCACUGUGUUUUAUAUAUAUAUAUAUAUAUAUUAUGUGUAUAUAUAUAUUAUAUUUUUUUUGGUUGGGUUUGUUUUUAAUUCAGUCAUACACAAUGGUGGCAAGCCCUAGCCUCAAAGGGUGUCAUAUCUUAAUGCUAGAGAAUGAGUUGGAAGGAAAGACGAGUGUUUAUGUCAGAGUCUAGGCCUCAGGGAGAUGGCUUGAAGGGUCCCUCUUCCCUCUCCCACAGAGGGAGCAGAGCCGGUAAGCUGGAAAGGAAGAGCAACUCCAGGAAGUCUGGGUUUACAAGCCUAGUGGCCCUGGGGUGUUUGGGAAAAGCUGGGCUGUGGGAGCUGCCCCUCCCCCUCACAUGGUGCUAGGUUGGGACUGCCUUUAACAAUGUGAAGUGACUGAGCUUGGGUUGCCUUUCCCUGCCCCCUCAACUGCCAAUUCAGUAUCCACCAGGCAUCUAGGACAUUCUGACACCCUGGGCUUGGAAGGGUCCCAAGAUGGGCACAAAGUAGGUUCAGGAAUGGGAGGUGGCCUUGGUCAAUGUCACAGAGCUGUUGGAAGCAGUGCCGAGAGCUAACUUCAGGCCACUGCUUCUGAGCCCAGUGCUCUUCCAGUACCACACUGCCUCUGAGCCCACCCUCGGGGCCCUCCUGUGUUCCAGGUUCCUGUCUUUCCCUCAGUCACAGCGUUGGUCAUUCCAGGACAUGGGGACAAACCACUCUUUCCCAGCCAGGUGCCUUUGAGCCUUCCCCUUCCAAGACCUGCACACCACUGUUCCUGCUGUGUUCUCUUGCUUCCGGCAUUCAUCCAUCCUGGUGGCUGUCUUCAUUCUGAGCUAGUCUCUCCUUGAGCUCUCCACUGCUGUGGAGAGUGGGAGAUGCUCAGGGGAAUCUGCAUGUGUGGUUUUGGUGUGUAGAGCUGUGUCACGUCAUGUUUCUCAUUGGAGUCUUGAGCUUGUGGACUGCUCACUACACAGUACCUGAGGACAGGGUUGACUAUGCUCAAACACCCUGCCAGCAAGCUGGACCAGACUCAGAGACAGGCCAGCGUGUGCCCUUAGCCUCACUUCCCAUCAUCGGUGAGGAUGGCUUUUGUAUUCUGAAAGUUACUCUCUGUAUGAGACCCUGUGAGAGCUGAGGUAGGGUGGUUGGAGAGGCCCCUGUAUAGCCUGCAGCUCCCUUAGCCUGUGCCUCUGGCCUCAGGUGGAAGCUGGCAGGUUGGAGACCCUGGCAGACAGAGGAGCUACUGUCUGUGGUCUGUUUCCUUCUGAGACCCCCAUCUUCUCUCAGCCUGUAGGUUAUUGCUGCUACUAUGUUCCUUCAUGCUACUGGACCCAGACUCUGCCCCAGCUUGCAGACAUUGGGUCUUGGAAAACAGAUACGUUUGUUCUAGGAUCUCUCAGCUAGAGUGUCCACUGAUUGACUGGAAGCAUUGGAAAAUUAAAAAAAAAAGUUUGAGGGAAUUCUUUUCAGUUAUUCAGGCUGUUUCCCUGUCCCUUCCACACUCUCUACCAGCAGCCUUUGCCUUAUGGGUGCAGAUCACCUGCAACUGCCUCAGUCAUUCCAGGUUCUAGAGCUUUCCCUGGGGCAGGCACCUCUGAGAGCAUGAAGUCAAAAUGGCCCUUUUCACACCCUGAUGUAUGAGCAGCGGGUGCUUCCAGUGGAGUAAGCUGCUGGCCCAUCCCACCCUAGAACUCCACAGCCAUGUCAGUGAGCAGAGCAAGUUCAGAACCGCCUCAGCCAGUGUUUGGUGGCGAUUGGUGGCGAGUGCCAGCCACCUUCAUCUGGACUGAAGGAGGUUAGCAUUCGCCAGCUUGUCUUCUGUUCCCUGUGCAUGUGUGUGUUCAAACUGAGCUGCAGGUACAUGAGACUGUUACCCUCGGGUUGCCCUGAGAUUAGGUAAGGGCUUUCUGCCAAACCAGCCAGCGCCACAGUAGUCCCUACCCACUAACAGCUGCCGUCUUGUCUGUACCCAAAGGUCCCUGCCACCCUAUCCCGCCCCCCAGCAAUUAUACCCGGUUUUAGUGUCAGAUCUAGUCAGGGCAAGAACAUUGUAUUGUAUUUUUAAAAGUUUCUUUGAAUUCUAAAAAGUUUUCCCUCUGCCCAUCUGAUUUUUUUUAAAUGUUUGGUUUUUGUUUAUUUGAGACAAGGUCUCAUUAUGUAGUCUUGGCUAGCCUGGAAUUUGCUAUGUAGACCAGGUUAGCCCUGGAACUCAUAGAGAUCCACUUGACUCUCAAGAGCUGAGAUUAAAUGUGUGCACUUAUACCAGGUCCAGUCCAAAAUGGCAUUUUUGUUUGUUUGUUUUUGAGACAGGGUGUCACCAUGUAACUCUGGCUGUCCUGGAAAUUGCUAUGUGAACCAGCCUGUCUUUGAACUCAGAGAUCCACCUGCCUCUGCCUCCCAAGUGCUGGCAUUAAAGGUGUGCGCCACCACUGCCAGGCCCCAAAUGGUGUUAUUUUAAGGCCAGAGGGUCUGUUGUCAUUUAGAAGUUCCACAUUCCAGACCCAGUUGUUUCCUCCUAGUCCUCGAACCCACAUGUUUUCAAGGGUAACUUUGAUUUUUUGUGCUAAUGUGGCAUUUCCCUCCUGCCUAAGGCAUGCCACCUGUGGCAAGGGCCAAACCAGCUUGGAGGAGGGGAAAGGGCUCCCUGAAGGGACAGCGUCACAUUGGGAGGGUCUGAGGGCACUGUGGGGUGGGGUGGCCUGUUGAACUGCCCCAGGGAGGCCAGGGUGGACACAGUGUUGUCAGAAUGAUUGUGUACACCUUGGAGGAGCCAGGCUGCCCAUGCUGAGCACAGCAUUCGUGUUUCUCCAUGUCUUUCCUUCUCUCUGUCUUUGUUUUGGCUUUGUCCCUGCUUCUGGUCUGUGGUUCUGGGGUCUUCACUUUCUAGAUGGUCCGUGUGCACUGGAGCAAGAAUAAGCCCUCAGCUUAUGACAGGAAGGGCUAGAUGGAAGUUUCCUGCUCUAGCUGAGAUGUGAGGAGAGCACUGGGUACAGUGGGUGGUCAUGUGACAGUCUUCCUCCCGAGGCCCCAGCUUCCCCUUCCAUAAAACGAGGAGAUGGAGACUACAGCAGGGGUUCCCACAUGUCCAUGCAAGACUUAACUGUACUCUGUGUGAAAUGAGGUUAGGAGUUUGCCCCUCAUCCCUCACCUCCAGGCCUUCCAUGCAGUGCUGGGGUCAAGGUUGUUUGGCUUUGGGCUUGAUGCCCUUGCCAGCUCCAAGCAGGCCGGGGGCAAUGACUGUGUGUGUCAGCUCUGCUGAGGUCCAGCGUGAAGGCCAGGGGAGACUCCCCACAGUGUUUCUAGAAGUUCACUUCUCCCUCUUCUCUCCCUGGCCUGGAGGAGGCCACCAGAGGAAAGGGUUUUGUAUGACUGAGCUAGCUUUUCUUAUGGGCAAGAGGGCUCUUUUUGUAAUUUGUGCAUGAAAUUCAUGUUAUUUCCUGGGGAGAGAAGAGGGCCAACUGAGUGGGGUGGGGGGCACACUUGGGAGGCAGGCAGAGGUUUCCCUUCCCUGCAGGGGUGGGAAGGGGUUGCAGAGGGCAUGCUACCCAGCUCACCUGAAGAGGGCUCUUGAACCAGCCGUUUUGGGUUGUGUUAAACAUGGGAACUUUCCUCCAUUAAUGUACAAUCUUGAACUAACUGCUAAUAAAAUGGGAUUCUGUUUGUA